GAGAAAGAAAGGCAGUCAAAUUAGCAACAAAUGCAAUUCUUGAAAGAAGAUGGGUGCUCCGCAGAGCAGCAGCUGCUUGCUCCGGUGAGUCCAAAUGGUCUUUACUUCAACAGCUCCGCCAUUUCACUGGUUAUCCUUGGCGUUAUGGAAACCGAAGAACCCAUCCAUUUCCCUGAUCACCAACUUGUUCAUCUGCUGGACACACUCUUGCUUCCUCUCCACCCUCGCUUUUCCUCCAUCAUCGUGACAGGAGACGACGGGGAAAAAAGAUGGGAAAAGGUGGAAGUGAACUUGCAGGACCACAUCAAGACUCCGGUUUUCCCGGAAGGGAAGUCGCCGGAAUUCUACGAUCAGUGUUUUCAAGAUUACUUGCACGAAAUCUCCGGGGAAAAGCUCCCGGAGACGCGGCCGCUGUGGGAGGUCCAUCUCGUGAAGUACCCCACCAUGAACGCGGCGGGGAACAUCAUCUUCAAGAUUCACCAUGCCAUCGGAGACGGCUACUCGCUGAUGGCCGCGCUGCUCUCUUGCUUCAUGCGCUCCGACGACCCUUCUCGGCCCUUGACCUUCCCAAAGAACCGAAUCCGGCGAUCCUCGGCAGCAGAUGGCCGCGCUGCUUUCUUGUCCAGAGCUCUGACGUCGGUCAUCAAUACGGCAUCGGAUCUGUGGUUCAGCUUCUCGAAGACCAAGUUUUCGGAGGAUGAUCUGUCGCCUUUACGGUCUGGAGAUCCGGCUGUCGGUUCCCGCCCCAUCUCUGUGGUAACAUUGACGUUCUCUCUUGAUGACGUCAAGGCGAUGAAGGAUCAUCUGGGAGUGGUACGUAAUAAAUUGGUUAAAAGCGAAUUUCAUUUCUUUUAUUAUCAAUAA